AUGGAUUUAGUACUCGAAGUGUUUGACUACGCUAUUGGCGACAGCUUGUACACCAGGUUGUUCCCCACAGCGUUGCAAUCCACCAUCCCGCCAACCAUCGCCCGCACCUUGAAGUUCGGCAAUUACUCGGACUACGCACAGCUCUCGGUGAGCAACGGCGUGAUGCUAGACACAAAUGCUGCGUUGAAGGACGUUUAUGGGGUGUUCCCAAAUAUUUUGCCGGAAUCAGCACAGAUGUACGCGUCGUUGCUUCCGAGACACAACAUCAUCCGCCAGUGCUUGUCUCUCUUUGUCAUCAUGACGGUCUUUGGCUGGUUGUUGUACUUUUCUGUAGCCUGGAUCUCCUAUAUGACGAUUUUUGAUCGCACCAUCUUCAACCAUCCGCGCUAUCUCAAGAAUCAGAUGCGCUUAGAAAUCCACCAAGCUGCAACCUCCAUCCCCGUGAUGGUGCUCCUUACGGUUCCGUGGUUCCUUCUCGAGUUGCGUGGCUAUUCCAAGUUGUACAUGAACAUUGACGAAUCCACAGGUGGCUGGAAGGCUGUCCUCUUCCAGCUUCCGUGCUUCAUCAUGUUUACCGACUGCGGCAUCUACUUCAUCCACAGAUGGUUACAUUGGCCUCGUGUCUACAAGAUGUUGCACAAGCCGCACCACAAGUGGAUUGUGUGCACGCCGUUCGCGUCGCAUGCAUUCCAUCCGGUCGAUGGCUACGCACAAUCUUUGCCGUACCACUGGUUCCCGUUUGUCUUCCCGUUGCACAAGGUGGCAUACUUGUUUUUGUUCACAUUUGUCAACUUCUGGACCGUUAUGAUCCACGAUGGCGCCUACUUCUCCAACGAUCCGUUUGUCAACGGGACCGCCUGCCACACCAUCCACCACUUGUACUUCAACUACAACUACGGGCAGUUCACCACCUUAUGGGACCGUUUGGGUAACUCGUACCGCCGUCCAGACGACAACUUGUUCGACCGCUCCACCAAGGAUAGCAAGCAGGUCUGGAACGACCAGGUCAAGAAGAUGGAGGAAAUUAGAGGCGCCUUGGAGGGCAACGCCGACGACAGAACCUAUGUCGGUGGUUCUGACAAGAAAAAUAUGUAA